ACGUACAGUCCUGUCAACAAGUAAAUGUCGUCGCACUUCUAGAUGUAGGAAACUUGACAGUCGAAAUGAACUUCGAGGUUCUUUUGUACAUACCCCGGUCCUUCGAAGUUAUCGAGACCUCGAAGCGCUCCCGCAAAUGGAAGCUUUCAUUAUUAACUGAUCAUUCUUGAACCCGCACGCUAGCGAAUGAGGAACGGCCCACUUUCGGCAAGUGGUGUUAUAUUUACGGGUUUAUAUUCUCACCAAAAGUGCGAUAUACGAAUCUGAAUCAGUCAAUGUCGAAAUCACGUCAUUAUGAUGAGAUGGGAUGCAUCAAACUCUCCGUCUUGGCAGCAUUGCCCCCGAUUUUGAGGCAGAGACGACGCUAGGAAAAAUCAGGUUCCACGAGUGGUUGGGCGACUCAUGGGGCGUCCUGUUCUCCCACCCAGGAGAUUUCACUCCUGUCUGCACGACUGAGCUCGGUGAAGUCGCUCGGCGGGCACCUGACUUUGCUAAGCGCAAUGUCAAGGUUAUCGGUAUCUCUGCGAACGGUCUCGAGGAACACCACCAGUGGAUUAAAGACAUUGAAGAGUAUGGUGGGAAAACGACGGGUCUUACACAUGUUGAAUACCCCAUCAUUGCCGACGCUGAUCGCAAAAUCUCCUACUUGUACGAUAUGCUGGAUUAUCAGGAUGUCACCAACAGGGACGCAAAGGGAUUGCCAUUCACUAUUCGUACAGUUUUCAUCAUCGACCCCAAAAAGGUCAUCCGCCUGACCAUCUCUUACCCCGCUGUCGCCGGACGCAACUUUGACGAAAUCAUCCGUGUCAUUGAUGCCAUCCAGCUGGGUGAUAAGUAUCGUAUUGCCACCCCAGUUAACUGGAAUAAGGGUGACGAUGUUAUCGUUCAUGCUAGUGUCAGCAAUGAGGAGGCGAAAACCUUGUUCCCUCAGCACAAGGUCCACUAUCCUUACCUCCGGACGACUCCUUUGAAGGUAGAUUAAAUAAAUGGCGGAUGGGUUAACAAUUUUUAAAUUUCAUGUGUAAUAGUAAGGCUUGUACAUGCAACUAAGAGAUGAUCGAUUUUGGCGUUCCUGUUCUUUUUGCCUCCGAACUAUCACUUUGCUGCCAA